UAAAAAUUAAAUCCGCUUCAGUUUCCGGUGAUGCUGCUUUGGCCACGCCCCCUCUUCUUUACUUCCUGUAAACAAAGCAGCGCAGUGUUUCUUUGCCCUUUUCCCGUGUUUUCCGUCAUUUUCUACCCGUCCUGUGUGUUUUCGACGAUGGCUCAGGCCGGAUUGGUUCUAGACAAGGACCAGUUUAACUGUUCCAUAUGUCUGGACGUGUUAAGGGACCCGGUGACGAUUCCUUGCGGACAUAGUUACUGCUCGGGCUGUAUCCAGAACUACUGGGACCAGGAUGACUUCCUCGGGGUUUUCGUGUGUCCGCAGUGCAGACAGAGCUUCAACCCGAGGCCGGUGCUCGCCAGGAACACCAUGCUUGCCGAUGUGGUGGAGAAGUUCAAGAAGACGGGACUCCAGGAGACCUCGGUGCCGGCAGAUAAUCGAUGCUUUGCCGAAGCCAACGACGUAGAGUGUGAUGUCUGCACCGGGAGGAAAAACAAAGCUGUCAAGUCCUGCCUCGUGUGUUUGGCCUCGUACUGUGACGUUCAUGUCCAGCCUCACUACGAGUCUGCUGCUUUUAAAAAGCACAAGCUGGUGUCGGCCUCCAAGCGACUCCAGGAGAAGAUCUGCCCUCGACACGACAAGCUGCUGGAGGUGUACUGCCGCACCGACAGGCGCUGCAUAUGCUACCUGUGUUUGACAGACGAACACAAAGGACACGACACGGUGCUGGCCGAGGCAGAAAUCCAAAACAAACAGAGGCAGCUUAGUGACAUGAAGCAGAGCUCCCAGCUGAGGAUUCAGCAAAAAGAAAAGGAGGCACAGGAGCUGAGACAAGCCAUUUUCUCUCUUACCCGUUCUGCUCGGGCUGCGGCCGAGGAGAGCGACGCAGUCUUUACCGAGCUAAUUCGUUUGAUAGAGCUGAAGCGUUUUGAAGUGAGAGAGCUGAUCAAAGCCCAGGAAAAAACGGCUGUGAGUGAGGCUGAGCAGCUGCUGGAGAAGAUCCAGAAAGAGGUCGAUGAGCUGAAGAAGAGCGAGGCUGAGUUAGACCAGCUGUCCCACACUGAGGACAUCCUUCAGUUCCUUGAGAGCUGUCAGUCUCUUCAUGCCCCACCUGUGCUGUCAGCUUCCCCUUCACUCAGAGCCGACCCCGGCCUCUCCUUCGGCCUGGUGAUGACAGCUGUGUCUGAUUUUAAGGGACUCCUGCAGGAAGUGUGCCAGGGAGGAUCUGUCAGCAUCUAUGAAAAAGUGCGAGAUGUUACAAUUAUAAGUCUUCAGAAUCCUGCAGUUCAAUGUAACAUGAGCCACGCAGACGAGACUGGUUCAGCCACACCAAUGGAGUCCCCAAGAGUGGUUAUUGCAACUCCUCUCGGUCUGGACCAGCCUCCUGUGAGUCCUCUCAACCCCUUCCUUACUCCCGGACCUGCCAUGCCAUCGUUUGCCUUCUCACCGUUUGGCUCCAAACUGUCCUCCGGAUCCAGACAGAGGCACCUUCAGCGUCGCCCUCACUCCAGGAGAAAAUAGACUUCAACUGGACAUCAGACUCCAUAUUUCACAUGAAUCCACACAGGCUGCAUUUCACUAUAUUCCAGUGCUCUCCUCAUGCAAACCUGCACUGCCACUCAUAAACCAAAUUUUUAUAACACUGUGUUAACAGCUAUACUUGAAUGUUUUAUUAUAGGUCAGUAACAGUUUAAGUAUUAAGUAGCAAAAGCAGGACUGACAUUAAGUUUUUUUUUUUUCAGUAUUAGCAAGUUCAUCUUGUAAUAUUUAAUUUUUAUGCUUCUUAAGUUUUCUCCAUUUUUAACCGAAACUCCUCAAUCAUUUUGCUUUGGUGACUUGUUGAAAACUGUAAUACUACAUUAAAAACUAAACAAAGCAGA